UACGUAGCGCGACUUCGCACCGUCCGUCAGAUGAGUUGUCACUGUAUUUGCGCUAUAAAUAAUCAUUUCCCGUUACAUAUGUAUUGUGUUUAACAUUGAGGCAGCGUACGCAGGACGGGCCAGCAUCGUCUCACGUGGAACGGAAAUGUCAUACCUUAGGAAUUCCUGAGCGCGUCGGCAUCAUGGCGGGUGUCGCGGAGGAAAUCAAGGAGUCUUUAUCCGCGAACAACAAGGGAUAUGCGGCCCCAAGGGCGAUAUCCUACGAGGAGGUGGCCACGAAGCUUCUCAACGAGAGGCUCCUCCUGACGGCCCUGGAACUACAUGCCGAAUUGUGCGAAGCUGGCAAAGAGCUGCCGAUCCUUCGCGAGUUUUUCUCGAAUCCGAACAAUUUCGAGAGCUCCAACAUCAAGCCAGAGCCGUAUACUCCGAUGCCCAGAUCUUCUAGUCAGGCCACCUUGGACUCGUUGGACAUGACUCGGUAUUCAGAGGACGGGGCUGGUGUCGAUGAGAGAGUAGCCAUUCUCGAGUUUGAGCUGCGCAAAGCCAGAGAAAAUAUUUCCGCGCUGCGCGCCAAUUUAACCGUAGUGACGGAAUCGGAAGGUACACUGAAGACGCCAGACAAGAGCUCCGAGAAGAAUCCGAUUGCCGAACUGCCCAUAAAGCCGCACGAGCAGCGUGCGUUGAAUUUUCUCAUCAACGAAUAUCUGCUGGCGAGAUCGUACAAGCUUACCUCGAUCACCUUCAGCGACGAGUGCGAAGAUCAGGAUUUCGAGGACUGGCAGGAUGUGGGGUUGAACAUUCCUAAACCCACGGAAUUGUGGCAGAUAUACCGGGAGCAUACGAGAGCCAAUGGAUACGACAAGCCUCCAUCCACGAGCGUUGCCGUGCAGACGGACGACUUUGUCGUCGAGGAUGUUGAGGAGCAGAAAAAUGAAUCUCAGGAAACGGCGGAACAGAUUGAGAGGUUGCAGCAGCAGAUUACAGUGCUGGAGCAGGAGAAAACCGCUCUCCAGGAAGUUAUUUCGUCGCACAAGGAGAGCGUUGUGGAAAACCCAGUAAAGUCGGGUAGCUGCGGAACUAUUCGUACCAUCAAUUCCAACUCUACAACUCCCGACAAGUUUGAGCUACUGGAGCCGUUACCCAGGGACAUGUCGACUACUACUCAGGAACCGGAGGAAGACGACAGCGCUUCCGCGGUGGUUAGCCUGGACGAAACGGAUCCAGGAGACAAGGAAUGGACCAGACUGCAGUUACCGAGAGUAAAUAUUACAGAGAAAUCCUCUGUUCUACCAUCCGCAUCCUCCAGAGACUUGCCGGCUAAAUUCAAGGCGGAAAUAGCGGCGCACUGCAUGGCGAGCGUUGCAGGAUCGUUGAUGUCCUCGGUGGAAGAAUCGUUGAAGCACGGAAUCACCCGGGAUACAUUAGUUGAUAUUUUAGCGUACACUUUGCCGCGUGUAGUACCCAACAUCAUCCUCAACAGGCGCGAAGAAAUCAUUCCUCUGAUCCUUAGUGCAAUCCAUCUUCAUUCCAAUUCCAGCGAGAGAGAGAAGUUGCUGCAGCUGCUGUUCAACUUAAAGAAGAGACCGCAAGAGGACGAGCGGCAAAUGAUAUUGGCUGGUUUAGUUGUGAUGGUGAAGCUCGCCGAAGAGUCGUUGGAAACGGAAGAGAUUCUAACAAUUUGUUGGGAGCAGAGUCAGCACAAGUAUCCAGAGAGAAGAUUAUUAGCUGUUGAAUGUUGCUCCGUAUUGGCAUCCUACACAUCAGCUGCUGUCAGAAAUUCACUGAUGUUGUCAAUGUUGCAGCAAAUGUUGUUGGAGGACAAGGAUCCUAUUGUACGAACUAGCGUAGUGAGAAGCCUCGCGUUACUCAUAGCUUUGAUGGACGAUCCUGACAAAUACUUCCAGUGCGAGGAACUGGUAUUAACAGCACUCCAUGACACAUCGUCGAUGGUUGUUGAAACGGCAGCGUCGGUAUUGUUACCGGUUUUGGCACAAUGGGCGUUAUCCCUGAGGAGAUUGCAUCUAAACCUGCUGCCGCGUAUAAUCUCGAAAGUGAAGAAUCAACUGAGGCCGGCGCACUCUCAGACCUUGCCGAACAAAGACUACGUCGACGAGGAGAAAUUGACGCCAUCGAUCAGUAUUCUGCAGUGCAUCUUGCCUUACACGGUCUUGUGUGUCGCCAAUGCUGAUGCGGUACGAGCUUGCAUCGAGGAUGAUACCUCGCCAGACUUGUCCGAGGAAUUUCUGGCGUUGUGUCACUCCAAUAUCACCGACCCGAGGAUAUUCUACGAGGAUUCCGUCGACGUCAGUGUCCUUCUCAACACUUUCUUCUCCAAAUCUUGGGAGGAUGCAUCCUGGCCGGAAUUAGAGUGGUUUACGAAAAAAUUAGUAUUUGAUGUCCUGGACAUGGUUAAGUCUGUGGAUGCAGCUCAGGAAAAUGUUCUAAAAACGCUUCUUACAUACAUUUAUUCGUUGUGUGUAGGCUUUGGGAAAUAUAUCACACAAUCGAGGAUACAGACAGUAUUUUCCACGGAAGUAUCAGAACUUGAGAAACAAUUGACGGCACUAUCGGCAGACAAGAAAACCAUGAGCCUUCCUUUGAUUCCGAGUUACUUAGUGAUUCUAAGUACUCUCAACUCUACGGAGCUCGCAAACUACUUCAAACAAUUCCUCAUAGUUUUAUCGAUGAGCGGCACUAGUAUAUCGUGGUUGCAAAUCGCUGCCAGUAUCUUAUGCGGUCGUGAACAAACGCAAGAAUAUGUUCUUGCUAGUUUAUGGGAUGGUGUAAUGCAUCAGAGAUCCUCUGUAAGAUGUGCAACAGCAACACUAUUCGGUUCCAUUAUCGCACACAUCUCGGAUCGACUAGCGAACGCCAAGAUCGUACCAGCCAUCGUAACGCUCGCCAGCGAUCCUGAAGUUGGCGUGCGUUGCGCUGCAAUUGCCACCCUAGGCCGUAUAAUAACAGAAUGCAAGGUGAGGGAAGCACGUGACAAAGCACGUCUAACGUUGGAAACGAUCGCGAAGGAUCCUCUGGAACUCUCUCCAAUUUUGGCAACGUCGCUGGUAUCCACGUUCGCGGUCGUCGCUCCCACCUGUCCACAGAAUUACAUAGAAGACAUAAUAGCGACGCACUUAUCGAUGAUUGCCUCGUUCGCGCUUCAACAGAGCCGUAAGAUCGAAUUAGUAAGCGCCCUGGUGGAGGCAUACUCCGUGCUGGUUUACUGUCCGUUGAGUAGUCAAUGCGUCUCCGGAGUAGUGUUACCGGGACUGAGGCAUCUCGAGACGCUGGUAAACCAAUGUCUACCUCAGCAAAAAGAUGCAGUACGCUCUUUGCUCAGAGAAGCAGAGUCCAGGCAGGACUUAUCGAAGCCAAUAGAUAGGACACUCUCGACGAGUUCCGGGCUUUCCCUGUCGAUGGCGUCGGUGAAUGUCGGCCAAGGUGUCGAGGAUAUGCGCCAGAGAAUGAGCAAGAUCUUUCAACAGAAAACCGGAUCGCCCGGCAUGCCGAGUAUCUUUCGCAAGAAGUAAACCUCCCCCUCGUCUCAUAGCAAGAAAUUGUGAGAUAAUCGAGCGUCGUCGGCAAAAGAGUCGCGAUCAUAAAAGGUUGUUGUUAGACAUAAAUGUAAAAUAUUGUUUUAACACAAAUGUUAACUUAUUUUUUUAUCGCGCUAGCUCUGUAAGUGACGUGUAAAUUAUUUUGUUUAAAUAUUAACACGAUCUGAGGAGUUCAGAGGU